UGCUUUGGGCUUUUUUUCCUGCUGCACUGUACAAUUCACUGAGAAGAAAUUUCCUCCCCCUCCGCCUGUCCCUUUAAGAGCUGUGAUCGCUGAUCUAAUAUUUCCCCCCGUUUGUGUCUGCUUUCAGGAGCGGAGUGUCGGGGAUCGGGGGAGCCGUGUGCCUCAGCCUGCACCCCAUCCGGUUCCAGAAUGGAGGUUAUUUAACAAGAGACAACGAGGAGGGAUAAUAAUGGCAAAGGCAACAGAGAGGAGGUACAGGAUCGGCAUUGAGCGUCUGUGAUUAGGAUCUGGGCUUUUCUCUUUUUCAGCCUCUCACAUUCUUCCUGUCAUCUGCGGUGCAAUUGAUCAAACGCAAGAGGCAUAGGGAAACAAGGAUUGCUGGCUUUUCCUGACAAGGGUAUCUUUACUUUUCUCAACCCCACGACAUGAGGGUGUUCUGAUCCCCCCUCCUGUUUUUACCAGGAUGCUGUUGCUGCAGCCUUUAAAUGAUCUUGGGCAGGGUCUAAGCCAUGAAAAUAAGGAAAUAUUAUGGCAAUAUAAUUGAAUCAAAAAAGUUGCAAUACAAGUGCUCACUGAUCACCUUAUGGUUUGUGGUGUCAUAAAGUGGUUGUCAGCUUUGAGGUAAUACUUGGAUUAUUGGCAAAGAAGAGUGCGUUCAUCUCUCUGGAUCAUAAAAACACACACUUGUAGAAACACCUAUUGGAUUGCUGGAGUCAGGGGCACACCGUGGAUCUUACCUGUGGAUUUAUAAUUAUUACAAUAAUUAAGAAAUAAAGGAAGAUGGAUAUCAAAACUAAGCAACCAAGCAGGCGGUCCAGGUCCCAAAGGGAUAGGGUGAGGAGGAGAGAUCCUUCUGUCAGAGAUCCACGAAACCAGAGCCCAUCCUCUGGUUCUGAGGCAGAAAGGGGCUUGGGAAAGGAAAAUUCGAACCAGAAUGGCACAAAUGGGAAAAAUCCAUCUGCCAGAAAUGCCAGACCGCCCAGACGUAAGAGGAGAGAAUCUAGCUCUCAGGAGGAGGAUAUAAUUGAUGGGUUUGCAAUUGCCAGCUUCAAUACCCUGGAAGCCUUAGAGAAGGAUAUUGCAUUAAAGCCACCAGAACGAAAAGAAAAAUGGGAGCGACAUCCAGCUAAGAAACCGAGAGAUUCAGGAAAUUAUAUUUCUGCGGAGCUGAGUGAGAAUGGGCACAAUAAUGAUGCCGGGAGCUCAGAGAGAGAGACAGAAAGGGCAAAAGAGCGUGACAAGAAGAAGUUUCCUCUAAAGACUUCCAAUCAGGUCAAGACUUCCAGAAACAGGAAUGGACGAAACAUUGAAGAUGGCAACAUCAAGGAAGCCAUGAGCUCCCGGAGAAGCAGUUCACGUGACUGCCUCAGUGAUAGUUCAGCUCAAACAUUUUCAGGACAUGGCUACUCGUGUGACAGUGAAAGUGAUAUUGAUGAUAAGGGCUCCAAUGUUGGAUCUGAGAUUCUUUUCUCACCAGCUGUCUCCACAGGUACUAAUCUGAAUGAUAAAACAGAGGUACAGGUUGCCUGUCACCCAAAGGUGUCGGGGCUGGAGCGAAGCCAAGAGCUGAAUACAGAGUUAAUCUUUAUUCCGCCUGUGCACAGUCCGCAACCUCCAGCUGUUGCUAUUGUCACAUCUGCCUCCUCCACACCUGCAUCCAGCACCCGGGCAAGCCCUCUGGUGAAGAAGGAGCCGCCUGUUCUACCCCCAGCUCCUCCACGUCUCACCCCACAGCCUCAGCCUCGUCCUCAUUCUCGUCCAUUGUCGCAGCCACAGAUUUUGCCUCUAGAGCUUCGUGCUCAAAAUCCUAUCCCGACACUUCACAGCUAUAGUGCGCAUCAGCCAUUGCCACUUAACGGAAUCACCAACAUCAGUCGGAGCAGCAGUGCCAGCAGUGCAGCAAGCAUAAGCCUUCCCAAGCACCUCCCAUCAUCACCUCAGAUUCCUCCCCACCACCCAGCUGGGCCAGGCCUGCCUCUUCCCAUUUCCAACCUUGCUACCUCGCACUUUGCUCUCAGAUCGCAAGCUCAGCACCACCCAGCCAUGUUUGCACCCCCACCCGCGCUGCCACCACCACCAACACUACCCACUAACAGCCUUGUUAUUCCUGGACAUCCUGCUGGAGCAGGAUACCCUGAUCAUGAACUUCUCAGGCAGGAGCUGAACAGUCGCUUUUUGGUUCAGACCUCGGACCGGGCAGGUGCCCCUCUCAGCUCUGUGCCGUUGCUGAGGGCGGAAUUUCACCAGCACCAACACACGCACCAACACACGCAUCAGCACACAUUCACCCCCUUCACAUCCAGCCUGCCCCCGACGCAGCUUAUGCCGCCAAAUGCACCCCCCAUGGUGCGUACCCCAGCCCGAAAUUUUGACAAGUAUACUCCCAAGUUAGACAACUCUUAUUUCCGCCAUUCCAGUUUCUUUCCAGCAUAUACAACUCCAAUGCCAGGGAUGCCUCCAAUGCUUCCACAUUCAGGUCCCUUUGGUUCUCUUCAGGGAGCUUUUCAGCCGAAGACAUCAAAUCCCAUGGACGUCACAAGCAGACCUGGCGCAGUUCAUCACACACUCCUACAAAAGACACCAGGGGUAUCUGACCCAUACAGGACAUCAGUAAGAAAACCAGGCAAGUGGUGUGCAGUACACGUGCAGAUAGCAUGGCAAAUCUACCAUCACCAGCAGAAGAUGAAGCAUGCACUUUUGCAGCAAAUGCCCAUGGAUCCACACAAACUGGAUAUUUGUGGAAAGCUUGAUCUAUUCAGCAGGCCCCCUGCUCCAGGAGUAUUUCCAGGAUUCCCCUACCCACAUGACUUGGCCAGGCCACUUUUCUCUAGUACAGGAUCAACACACCCAGCAGCUGCCCCAUUCGGACCAUCCCCGCAUCACAGCAGUUUCCUGCCCACAAGCCACCUGGCGGGUAAGUAUCCAUUUAGCAGGUCAAGCAGCUUCAGCGGCCUGGGGAACUUAGGCAGCAAUGCCUUUGGAGGAUUAGCCAGUCAUGCUCUAACUCACAACAGCCUAUUUGCUCACAAAGAGAGCCCCACUCUUCAGAAUUUCCCCAGUCCCCAUGAGCCAUGGAACCGCCUUCACCGGACACCUCCCUCGUUCCCAACUCCUCCGCCGUGGUCCAAAGUUGGAGACCAGGAGCGCUGUCCUUCUGUGACCAACCAUGACAGGGAUGAAAAGAAGGACCUUUUGCUCGCAAAGGAUGAAAGAGACAAAGAAAGGGAUAUCCUGGACAAGAGCCGCCAUCAUUCGAAUCGAUCUUCUCCAGCAUCAGCCCCAGUCAGUCAUCAAAUAAGCAACCUCAUUCGCAGCAACAGCCAAACUCCCAGUGAUUCACUCAGGCAAAGCAGUAUGGGAGAUCGCUCCAAAGACAUUGAGCGUGAAAACUCAGAGAGGCUCCGGGAGCCCCCGCAAGCAGAGCACAAGAUCAAGGAGAGCAGGUCACCAGUGAAAGAUCCCCCAAGCCAUGACAAGAGGCUCUCAGAGGAUGGUAGCAAGCCCGUCAUCCAGUCUGUAUCUCCAUAUGGAAAGCCAGCCUUAAGUGACAGCUUAAAGCUAAGUAACCUUGUUGGCAAAGAGAGUGAAAAGAAGCUGGAGCUUCCCUCAGAUUUUCAAAAGAUAAAAAGUGAUGUCAAAGUUAAGGAAGAACGCAAGGAGGAUUCAGACGUGUUGGUUGUGGGCUCAGAGCCACCUAACCCAGCUAGGACAAUAGAACCCCAACCACCUGCACCCCCUUCUUCUUUACAUGGGUUAGCAUUGCAUCACACAAUGGCAGCCUCCAUGCCUCUUCAAAUGGGGGGUGUACACCCCAUGAGCAACUUAAAUAUGUUGGACCGAACACGGGUAAUGACUCCACUUAUGGCAAUGAGUCCGCUGGCCGGCAGAGAGAGGCUGCCACAUACAGGCUUUGGCUGGGACCCAAUGAGGGAUCCUUUACGAGAUGCCUACCGCACUCUAGACUUGCAGAGGAGAAUGGAUUUCCACCUGCGCGCUGACAGCAUGCACAGAUACCCAGCAACAGCUGCUGCCAGUUUUUAUGACCAUGAACGGUCAUAUCGGGACCGAGAGCCACAUGAUUACAGUCAUGAGCAACUUUUGGAAGCAAGGAGAGAGCAGGAGCGACUGCGGCAGGCAGAUGAACGUGAGAGGGAACGAUUGCACCUAAGAGAGGAGAUUGAGAGGGCACGUAUGCAUCACCUCCACUCCUCCCCACUUGAGAGCCACUUGGCACACAUGCCAUCAUUUAUGCCUCACCUCAGCAGUGUGCCCUAUCCUAGACUAAGCCCUUCUAGCGCCAUGCACAAUGGGAUCCUAAACCGGACCCCACCCACAGCGGCACUUAGUGCACCCCCACCCUUAGUGCCAGCCAGUAACACAAGGCCCGCCUCUCCCCGCAGGACUAAUCCCCUUACAAACUCUGAAGCACGGGACUUCUCUCCCUCCAGAAACCCUAAGGAAGUGGAGGCGCGAUAGUAUCCUUGCUUUGGGGGAAAAGAAAACCAUAAAUUUUAAACGUGUCCUGUAUAUAAAGACUUUUACAAAAGUGCACUGCUCAGAACCUUCUAUUCUCCUCUUUCCUCCUGUUUUUUUGUAAAUGUAAAUUUGUAGGCUAAGCACACUUUUUCCUUUGUCCAGGGGGACAGUUCAGGGGUGUGAUAUAUGUUCCAACCUGGAAGUCAAGGAUUCUGCGCUUUAGGUUUUUGGUCAAGUGACUAUUUUUCUGACAUGGUAGGCCCAUUAGCCGGUGGGAUGUGUCAAGUAAGGGGGACCUUUUUAAAUGGAUUUUGUAGUUUUUACUGAAUUUUGGGUUUUUCGCUAUGGUGUUCUUAGUCUCUUCCAGAAAAAAAAAACAACUUUUUUCUUUAAUUUUAUAUUAGUUGCAUUUUGCCUCAUUUGUGAGGGAGAAAAAGGAAAUCUGUUCUUUCCAUAACAUCCUUAAGGGUAUUAACUGCUUCACUACGGGAGGUAUCUACAGAACACUGCAAUUCAUAUUUAUACAUUACGCUCUGCAAUCGGAUGCAGGCACCUCCAGCACUGAAGGGUUAUCAGGAUUCUAUGAGUUUCUCUUUAUUCUGCAGCUAACAGAUCAACAAUCCUGCUACCUUUUUUUUUUUUUUGAACAGAGAUCACAGAUCUAUUAUUAAAUAAUAAGUUUAAUGUACAAAACAGUUGCUUUUAUUGCCUUAUUUUAUUAUAUAGAUUCUAAAAGUUAUUUUCUUCUGUUUUCCUUUGAGAAAUACAUAGAUAUUUGCAGGAUUGUACAUAUGAAUUUGGUAGGUUUACUAUGCUUCGUAUGAAAUACGGAACCACCACAGACUUUGUGAACUUCAUGCAGAAAACACGGAUUUCAAGGAUCACACUGGCAGUUCUGCUCAAACCUCGUCAUCUUACUAUGCAAUCGGUGUGUGAGGCGGGUCCCAGAAGAGGGUUAUCAGUUAUUUCCCCACAUUUUAUUGUCACUCUGUUCCUCCUUGUCUAUCUCCCCACCACCACCUUCCAAAAGAUAAAGGGCACAUGCUGACUUACCCUGGAGAAAUAACAUAUAAAAUGGAAAAGAAGAGCCUUAACCCACCCACCAGGUCACGCAGGCUCUGUGCUUUGGAUGUGUGGGCACUAAAAGGACUGGAGCAACAUCAUGCCUUGUGUAAGGUGGUGGGCUACUCCAACUACUAUUCCCACCUCAACUGGGCCAGCAAACGGACCUGAUUAUUUUUCCCUGUGUUUUCCUUCUUUUUUUUUUUGUGCUUUGAACCUGUGCAGUGUUUUCAUUGAAAUCUGUAUGCAAGAGCGGUAGAAUCUUAGAAGUGCGCAAAAGUAAAUAUAUAUAAAUAUAUCUAUUAUAUCUUUAUAUAUAUAUAAUGGUGGAAAACAAAAAAGUGUCUAAACAUAA